GUAGCGCCAAACUUGAUUAUCAAGCGCGCGUGUGGUUGCGUAACUGGUAGCAGCGCGUUUUCAAACAUCAGAAGUUUUUCUUGCACAUGUUGAUGCCGUGACAACCUGUGUGUGGUAACUCGAAGCACAGCGUAGGCAUUCUGGUAGCGUUCUAUGGGUGAGUCUGGCAACAGCAGCGGCAGUGAGGAGCACUACAGCUCAGCUGAAGAUGACACGGAAUGGAGUGAGAACCAUGGCAGUGCCAGUGACGUGGACCAUGCUCAAGUGCCCAGUCGUCGCUGUAGCCUCCUUGAGAGUGCUUUGGUCCAGUGCCCUUGCAGGCAACAGGUGUUGGAAGACGAGCCAGAGGAGCAGCAUCCGGCUGAUCUGCCUUCAGCUCUGGCAGCCCUGGAAGCAGAGAGGCAGAGAUGCCGUGAGCUGGUGCGCCUCAACGUUGUUCUGCGUGAGCACCUGGAGAUCACAACACGCACCAAUGAGGAGCUCACAAGCGAGGUUCAUGAGCUUACCGAGGAAUGGCGGCAAGCAGACCGCUCACAGUCUGGAGAUCGGCCACAGGGCCUGGAGUCUCGGCUCUUUGUGGUGUCCCAGUGGCAGCAGGACUUGGCCCGCUUGCGGCAGGACCUCGCCCAGCUGCGCCGGGCGGUGUGCACUGACCUCUCUGACCUAGGAGGGGCGCUCGCAACAGCCUGGCAGCACUGGGCCACACAGGCUGAGCUGACUGGUACAGCGGCAGACAGGCAGAACCUCUCUCAGCAGAUAGCUGGUGAUCUGAACAGGCAGGUAGAAGCAUUGAAUGCCGAGAAUGAUCGCCUGCAGCGAGCACUUGACCAAGCUAGCCACCUGGCCCAGGAACAGCGCCAGGCACUUGACCUCAGCAGCUGUGAAGUGGACCGUCUGCGGGGCGAGGUGUCCGAGCUGCAGACCAAGCUGACACGAUCGAACGACACGCAGCUGCAGAGCCGAAAUGAAGAGAGCAGCCUGCGGGUGCAGCUAGACCAGCAACGCACGUCCGCACAGCAUGAGCUGGAGGCCUUGCGUGCUGCACUGCGUCGCACGCAGGAGCUCAACGACCGACUGGAGGCCGAAAGGGAUGCCCAGCAGGUCUCGUCGGAGCAACUGGAACGGCAGGCACGGGAAAGCACAGUUCGCCUGGAGUCGCUCCUGCGGGAGAGCGAGUCUCAUCAGGCAGAACUGCGGCAGGAGCUGAAUAGCAAGCACCAAGAGCUGCUUGAUGCCCGUGCUGCCCACCUCGAGGCAAGCAUUCUAUGGCCACACUUUCGAUCGACCACCUUUGAAGAGGUUGCUUUCGUUGCUCUCUUGUUGGUUUGUGGCAAAGUCUGA